AUUGAGGUUGUCAUUUGAAGAGAGGAGCUGCUUUUUAUGAAAAUCGUCGGAAUUAGUAAUUAAUCAACAAAUUGUGGCCUAAUAAUGGCUUCUGUAGCUUUGACAGGCCACUUUGCAAAUAAACUCAUACCCAAAAGUGGGUCCCUGAGUGUUGUUUACAUCAAGUCAUCGGCAUACAGCACGGACGGGAGGCCUAACCUUGCAGCGUAUAAGCGCGGCACGGGCGGCCGCAGCAGCUUCAAUGGCAUCGUCGCCACAGUCUUCGGCGCCACGGGAUUUGUGGGCCGCUAUGUCGUCAAUAAAUUAGGAAAAAUCGGCACACAGAUGAUUAUACCCUACCGCUGCGACUUCUAUGAUGCUCAACGUCUAAAAGUGGCUGGUGACUUGGGACAAGUGCUGUUCACCCCCUUCGACAUUCGCGACGAGGAGUCAAUUGCUAAGGCAGUGAGACAUUCAAAUGUGGUCAUCAACUUGGUGGGCCGGGACUAUGAAACUAAAAACUUCAAAUUUAAGGAUGUGCACGUAGAUGGUGCUCGACGUCUGGCAAGGAUCUCCCGAGAGAUGGGAGUGGAGCGUUUCAUCCACCUGAACUACUUGAACGCCGAGGAGCACCCGAAGCCGCUGGUGCUCCGCAAGCCGUCUAUGUACAAGGUGACCAAGUUCCUGGGCGAGUGCGCGGUGCGCGAGGAGUUCCCCACCGCCACCAUCAUCCGCGCCUCCGACAUCUACGGCUCAGAGGACAGGUUUAUUAGGUACUUCGCGGGCCCGUGGCGCAUCCACGGCACGUACCUGACGCUGCACCGCGCGGGGCUGGCCACGGUGAAGGCGCCCGUGUUCGUGUCGGACGUGGCGCAGGGCAUCGUCAACGCGGCGCGCGACCCCGACACCAGGUGCCAGGUCUACCAGGCCGUCGGACCAAAACGCUACCUGCUAGCGGACCUGGUGGACUGGUUCUACGCGCUGAUGCGCAAGGACGAGAAGUGGGGCUACCGGCGCCUGGACAUGAAGUUCGACCCCGUGCUCGGCGCCAAGGUGGCGCUCAUCAACCUGCUGUCCCCGGGCUACCCUUUCGGCAACGUCACCUGGGAGGCCAUUGAGAAGGAAUCUACCACCGACGUUAUCGACCCGAAGCUCCCAACGCUGCUGGACCUUGGAGUGAACCUGACCGAGAUGGAGAACCAAGCCCCUUGGGAAUUGAAACCUUUCCGCGCCUACCAGUACUACAACGACAAGCUUGGAGAGUUCGUUAAACCGGAAAACCCGAAAGUACAACAAUGUUAGGUAAUUAAUUAGAAUCAACAAAUAAAUCAAGUCGGGACAUCAUAUUCUUUGUAGUUAUAUGUUCAACUUUUAAUAAAUUAUGUUUGUUUUUA